AUGGAGCCUCAUGGCUCCUUACCAAAAUCUAUAGGAAAUCUUUCUCACCUUACCGGAAUCGACCUGAGGAACAACAGCUUUGCUGGUGAAAUUCCUCAAGAAAUAGGUCGUCUUGGAAGCCUGCGAUCUCUCAACCUGUCUCGGAAUUCCUUUGGCGGCAAAAUUCCAAGUAAUAUAUCUCACUGUGCACAACUAAGAGCGCUUCGUUUGGCUCACAAUGAGCUUAUUGGAUCCAUUCCGAACCAACUCAGUUCAUUGGAGCUAUUCCUGCGUCGUGGUCAAAUUCUUCGAGACUUCAGAAGCUUGAUUGUUCGUGGAAAUGGUUUGACCGGGACACUCCCUGCUGAAAAUCUUGGAAGGUUGCGAAGCUUAGUUUGGAUAAACUUCAGUCGCAAUAGACUGGGAAGUGGGAAAGCUGGUGACUUGAAUUUUCUCAGCUUCUUGGCUAAUUGUACUGGCCUAGAGAACUUGGGUCUGGACCAUAACCAUUUUGGAGGAGAAUUGCCAAGGUCCAUAGCCAACCUAUCUACCCAACUAAAAUAUCUUUAUUUGGGGGGAAAUUUUAUACAUGGAAGCAUCCCUGAAGGCAUUGGGAAUCUUACAAGCUUGGCCCUUCUUGGAAUGGAGGACAACUAUUUCAGUGGUAGUGUCCCUGAUGCCAUUGGGAAGCUUCAAAAGUUACAGGGAUUGCAUAUGGAUGUUAACAAAUUUUCUGGGCCAAUACCGUCCUCCCUAGGUAACUUGACUUCAUUGAUAACGGUAUUCAUGGACGAGAAUAGGUUUGAGGGAAGUAUACCUCCAAGUCUUGGGAACUGCCAAAGUCUACUCACACUUGACGUUUCUAAUAACCGUCUAACAGGCACCAUACCUAGAGAGCUUUUUGCGAUUUCAUCCCUUUCAAUUUCUUUGAGAAUUUCUAACAAUUCUUUGACUGGUUCGUUACCAUCUGAAGUGGGUGAAUUGGUGAAUCUUGUGGAGCUGGAUGUGUCAGGAAAUAAGUUAUCAGGUGAAAUCCCAACAACUCUAGGCGGUUGUAUUAUGUUGGAGCGCCUGUAUAUGCAAGGUAAUGAAUUUGAAAGAACAAUUCCUGACUCUCUUAAAGGUUUAAGAAGCUUGGAAGUAAUGGAUAUUUCACACAACAACUUAUCCGGGGAGAUUCCUAAACUUUUAGAAAAGCUCAGGUUUCUUAAGUAUCUCAAUCUUUCUUAUAAUGAUUUUGAAGGUGAAUUGCCUAAAGAAGGGAUCUUUUCAAAUGCAAGUGGUCUCUCAAUUAUUGGAAACAAUAGGGUCUGUGGUGGUCUCCCAAAAUUACUUUUACAUGCAUGCUCCAUCAAAAAGUCCAAUUCAUCAUCUCAUCGACUACUUGCCCCAAAGGUAAUCAUCCUUGUAGCUUGUGCAGUUGCAUGCAUAAUUGCUCUGUCAUGCUUCAUUGUUGCUCGUUCGAAGGUGAAAAAGUCAAGAGGUGGCCUAGUAACUUCAGAUUCUUAUAAGGGCUGGAAAUCAGUCUCUUACUUGGAACUCGUUGAGUCAACUAACGGCUUCUCUGUGGACAAUUUGAUUGGUUCCGGAAGUUUUGGUUCUGUUUACAAAGGAGUACUUCCUAGUGAUGGGAGGGCAGUUGCUGUUAAGGUAUUAAAUCUUCAACAACGAGGAGCUUUCAGGAGUUUCAUUGACGAAUGCAAAGCUUUAAGAAGUAUACGGCACCGUAAUCUUCUCAAGAUCAUUACUGCAUGCUCGAGCAUUGAUAAUCAGGGUAAUGACUUCAAGAGUCUAGUAUUCGAGUUCAUGGCAAAUGGAAGUCUAGACUCAUGGCUGCAUCCUAGAGAUGAUGAGCAACCUCAACAAAGUAAGAGAUUGAGCCUUAUCCAAAGACUCAAUAUUGCGACUGACAUUGCUUCUGCAUUAGAUUAUCUCCACCACAGUUGUGAAACAACCAUUGUUCAUUGUGAUCUAAAGCCAAGCAAUGUUCUUCUUGGUGAAGAUAUGGUAGCCCAUGUUGGUGACUUUGGUUUAGCAAGGUUCCUCUUGGAGGCAUCAGAUAAUUACUCCCAAAGUCAAACCAUGUCAGCUGGGCUAAGGGGUUCCAUAGGCUACAUUCCUCCAGAGUACGGCAUGGGAGGCCAAGUUUCCAUUCUGGGAGAUAUUUAUAGCUUUGGAAUACUGUUGCUAGAAAUGUUCACUGGAAAAAGACCUACAGAUGACAUGUUCAAAGAUGGUCUAAGCAUUCACCAAUUCACAGCAAUCAAAAUGCCUGACCAUGUCAUGGACAUAAUUGACCCUUCAUUGCUCAUUGAAAGAAAUGAUGCACAUGGUGAUGGAGAAAGAUACGAAAGUGAAAUACGAACAAGACGAACCACAAGCUAUCAGCAUGGCAGCCCUAUCCAAGCAACAAGAUUGGAGGAAUGUUUGGUUUCAGUGAUGCAGAUAGGACUCUCAUGCUCUGCAAUAUCACCAACUGAGCGGGGGCAAAUGGAUGUUGUUGUCAACACACUGAAGGCAGCUAGAGACUCCUAUCUCAAUUUGAGAAGAAGAAGAGAAGAAUGA